AUGAGUUUUGAUGCACUCUCUCCUCGAGAGGUGACUGAGGCCGUCUCAAGAACGGGGGCACAUAAGGGGAAUAUGCGGCUGGACAAGGUGUUUUUUAGUGCAGUAUCGGCUGGUUGUUUACUUGCAUUCGCUUGCGGGACUACUCUUAGUACCACUGCCACACCUUGGUUUCAGGACAAUGCCCCAGGUUUGAUACGGACUAUCGGCGCCUUGGUGUUUCCUUACGGUCUGUGUAUGAUCCUCCUAACAGGUGCGGACCUUUGCACUGGAUCAUUUAUGUUUACUACAUUAGCAGUGCUCCAUCGGCGCCUACCUUGGCCAAGAAUGCUGAUUCACUGGGCUGUGACGUUCAUUGGAAACCUCGCCGGAUCUUUAUUCAUCGUGGCUAUCAUCUUCGGCUAUGGAAAUGCCUUUUCCGCAGAGCCGUUCAGGUCCGCUGUUAUUUCUUUUGCUACAAAAAAGCAGGUCACUCCUGAUUUUCACAUGAUAUUCCUGCGUGGCAUUGGAUGUAACUGGUUAGUAUGUUUAGCUUGCUUCUUUGGUAUCCAAGGUCGUGAUCUGGCUUCCAAAGUUAUUGGAAUUUGGUUGCCCACCUUCGCUUUUGUUUCCUUGGGCUUCGACCACGUCGUUGCAAACAUGACAUUCAUUCCAUUGGGGAUUUGGCUUGGAGCGCCAAAGAUUACAAUUGGCCUGUACGUCUGGAAAGGUAUCAUCCCAACCUUAUUAGGAAAUAUCAUCGGUGGAGGUAUAUUUUGUGGAACUUAUUAUUGGUACAUGUACCUUGUCGACCUAAACACUCUACCUUUGUAUGAUGAGGAGAGAACUCGGAGUAACUCAUUGAAGUCCGCGUGCUCAGACCGAGCUGGCACUAAGCGACCGGAUAUCGAGGCAUCGGCUGGAGGCUUGACCAAAACCCAUUGA